CCUAAAUUUACCCUGUAUAUAGCAGUUCCAUCCUCAGGGUUAUUCAAAUGAACAUACAUAGCACUCUGUCUUCCCCUGCUAACUUCAAUCUUCUUUUCCUUGUUCAAUUUUCAUGGCUAAUUACAGCAUUCUCUCUCGCGAAGAAUCCACGGGGGCCACCGCCGGCAGGGCUAUGAAGCCCAAAUCCCCCACAGCUACCGAUUUACUGGAAAUUCAUGGGCACAGGGGCAUCCUCCGAUCAUCGGAAAACAGGGGCACCCACUCUGUUUUCGUUCAGCUGGUGGCGGCCGUUAGCUUUCUACUGAUCAUCAACAUUCCGGCAGACGCCGCCGCCGUUCCGGCGGUGUUCAUCUUCGGAGAUUCACUUGUUGAUACAGGGAACAACAACUACAUCGUCAGUGUCGCGAAGAGCGACUUCCCGCCUUACGGGAGAGACUUCCCCGGCGGGACAGCCACCGGAAGGUUCGGCAACGGAAGGAUCUUACCUGACUUCAUAGCUGGUGAAAUUUUCGGUGUCAAGAAUUUGUUGCCUCCUUACAAAGAUCCAACCUUGCAAAUGCAAGACCUCCUCACCGGCGUCUCGUUCGGUUCCGCGGGUGCGGGUUAUGACCCUCUCACCUCCACACUAACGACCGCUACAAACAUAAAGGAUCAGCUGGAGAUGUACAGAGAAUACAGGAGCAAGAUCAAUGCAAGCGCGGGGAAAGAAAGAGCAGACGAGAUCAUAUCCACAAGUCCACACAUCAUCGUGCUAGGGACCAACGACGUCGGCAUCCGAAUCAGGCGAGCUCAAUACGACUCGAAUGCGUACACUGAUAUGCUCGUCGGAUUUGCUCUGGAUGUGAUCAAGGAACUCUACGGGCUCGGCGCAAGGAGAAUUGGGGUGGUGGGUGCGGUUCCAAUAGGCUGCGUUCCGCUCCAGAGGGUAGUUUUCGGUGGCGGGUUAAACUGCUCCGAAGAUUCGAAUGAAGCUGCUAAGCUCUUCAACUCCAAGCUCUCUCCCGCGGUUUCUUCGCUGAAUCGACAGCUUCCAGCAGGAGCGAAGAUCGUCUACUUCGACAUCUUCAGCCCUGUUCUGUCCCUCAUACAAAACCCAGCUCCACAUGGGUUUGAAGAGGCUACAAGAGGUUGCUGUGGGACUGGAAACGUUGAGCUUGGGAUCUUCUGUCUUGUUCCAGGUACCUGCACUGAUGCCAACAAGUACGUGUUUUGGGACAGUGUCCAUCCCGUCGAGAAAGCCGCCGGAAUCAUCGCCGUUGGAGAUUCUUUCGUUGAUACGGGGAACAACAACUACGUCGUCACCAUUGCCAAGAGCAACUUCCCGCCUUACGGGAGAGACUUCCCCGGCGAGACGCCCACCGGAAGGUUCAGCAAUGGAAGGCUCAUCCCUGACUUCCUAGCUAAAACAUUGGGUGUGAAGAACCUGUUGCCACCUUAUAAGGAUCCGACCCUGAAGCUGGAAGACCUCCGCACUGGUGUCUCAUUUGGUUCCGCUGGUGCUGGUUACGACCCUCUCACCUCCGGACAAAGAGGAUCGAUAACAAUAGAGGAUCAGCUGGAGAUGUACAGAGAAUACAAGAGCAAGAUCAACGCAAGCGCGGGGACAGAAAUAGCAGACAAGAUCAUUUCCACGAGUCCCCACUUCAUCCUGCUAGGGACCAACGACAUUUCCAACACAAUCAGGAGAGCUCAAUACGACUCCAAUACGUACACCGACAUACUCGUCGAGUUAGCUCUGGAUGUAGUCAAGAAACUCCACGGGCUCGGCGCGAGGAGAAUCGGGGUGGUGGGUGCGGCUCCAAUAGGUUGCGUCCCGCUCCAGAGGAUACUUGGUGGUGGGUUACUCGAGCGGCACUGCAACGAGGAGCUGAACGAAGCUGCUAAGCUCUUCAACUCCAAGCUCUCUCCGGCGAUUUCAACACUGAAUCAACAGCUUCCAGGAGCGAAGAUCGUCUACUUCGACAUCUUCACCCCUGCGCUUUCCCUCAUUCAAAACCCAGCUCCGUAUGGGAUCGUGGAGGUGACGAGAGGAUGCUGUGGGACGGGAACCAUUGAGCUUGGGAUACUCUGUGUUGUUCCAGGUACCUGCCCUGAUGCCACCAAGUAUCUUUUCUGGGAUAGUGUUCAUCCAGGGGAGAAAGCUUCACGAAUCAUAAGUGAUGGAACCUUUGAUUCUGCAAGUUUAAGCACGCUGUUAGGUUGAUCUUAAAAGUGUAGAAGCAGUUGAGACUCGAGAGGGACAAGUUGAUGAUUCGUGUGGUACAUAAUCGGACGAAUUCAUGUUCUGAGUGUAUAAUGAUGGAUUUAUUGUUUCUAUAUCAACAUAUUGUGAAUCUUACAUGAUAGAGUGAGAUUGGGUUUGUUUUAAUGAGAUAUACAACAAUAUCGAUCAAUGGUGGUUGAUGUGUAAAAAUUAGGAU